AUGUCAGCCUCGAGACCCUUCUCCGCCAGCUUCGCUAGGCUGGCGUCAGUCGCAUGCCCUCGGACCCAGCGGUCCUACACAGCACAUUCCCUCUCGCGGUUAUCGAGGUCAUAUGUCGCGUCAUCUAUCCGUCGAUCAACGCCCUCAUCGGCUAUCAUCCGUCGCGCCGCCCACCCUCGAACCUUUACCACCACCACGCCCCGGAGGCACGGCCACAUCGAUCCUCCCAAGCCAGGAGAAGAACUCUACGUAACUUUUAUCGAAAAGGACGGCGAGGAGUACAAGUUUGCCGUCAAAGAGGGCGACAACCUGCUCGACAUUGCCCAGGCCAACGAUCUCGAGAUGGAGGGCGCUUGCGGAGGCUCCUGCGCCUGCUCCACGUGCCACGUCGUAGUCGUCGACGAGAACUAUUACGACAGCAUCCCCGAGCCCGAGGACGACGAGAACGACAUGCUUGACUUGGCUUUCGGUCUGACCGAGACGAGUAGGCUGGGGUGUCAGGUCUACAUGACCAAGGAGCUGGAUGGGCUGGUUGUCAAGCUGCCUUCGAUGACGAGGAAUCUGCAGAGCAGCGACUUCCAGUAG